CUCAAAUGGAUCAAGACAAGUCAAACUAGGGUCAUUUGCGGGAUUCCAUAUAGCGUAUAAUAUUAGCCUUAUGCUAGCUUGUGAGGUUAAGAUAGCUUGAGUUUGUUCUGGUGUAGUAGGUGUAUAAAUACAGCUAGCACAGGAUUCGGUACCACCGCCUUGCGUCAGCAUAGUAGGAUAGCCACGCUAGCUAGUAACGAGACGGGUUAUUUUUGGUAUGAGUGAUCGAGCUCUGGCGUGCACUGGGAGAAUUAUUUCGCCAUAUGCAUAGCAAACGUCGGCUUCGUUUUAUACAUUGGAGUCGCUAUGAAUCCUGCAUAUUUCAUGACAGAAAUCUGAAGUCUGGGCUGUAGCCAUUUUUGAUUUAUUCUUCAUUGUUUGUACAUGUCGUGAUACUUAAACAGUCAGUAAGUGGUACAGUAGUUUUCGUUUAUAGAUUUGUUCCGCACUUCAUACAAUUUCAUUGAUUGAAUGUCAUACGAGGCGCCCUUAGAAAAUGGACCUGAAUUUUUACUCUGAUUUAAUGGAUGGGACUGGGCAACACGGAGAUCCAGAAUUCCUGGACCCCGGGUCUUUCAAUGGAUUUGAUAAUAAGUUCCCUGGAGGCAGUGACAACUACCUGACCAUCAGCGGGGCAAGCCAUCCGUUCCUCUCCUCCUCUGAGACAUUCCACACCCCCAGCCUGGGCGAUGAGGAGUUUGAGAUCCCCCCCAUCUCCCUGGAUCCGGACCAGGCCCUCACUGUGUCUGAUGUAGUGGCCCACUUCGGAGAGCUCUCGGACGGGGAGCGCGGUGGCCUGUCCACCCCCGGGAAUGCGGUGGUGGGGGGAGACGACCCGUCCUUCGCCUUGACCUUUGUCAACCCACAUUCGGGGUCACAGGGGCUGGAACACCAUCUUAGUCUGGGGGUCAUCAGUCAACCUGGUGGAGGAGGGGCCAUGCUGGGGUCUGCUCUGGGGAUGGAUCUGGGACACCCCAUUGGCUCCCAGUUCAGCAGCUCCUCCCCAAUGACCAUAGACGUCCCGCUGAGUGACAUGGGCCAUGGCCUGUUGGGCCACAAUCAGCUGACCACCAUGGACCAAUCAGAGUUCAGCGCACAGCUGGGGCUCAGCCUGGGGGGCGGGGCCAUCCUGGCGUGCUCGCAGUCGCCUGACCAACCACUAUCGGCCGCUGCUUCACCCGUUGGUUCGCUACAGGAUGACGACAUGGACGACUUCAGACGGCAGAGCGUGUUGGUGGAGUCCCCUGUCUCUCUCGGCGUCAUCUCCCUCGAUCCCUCUCUCUCCGAUUCCCCCAUACCUUCCUCCGCUCCGUCCUUCAGCACCCCUCCUAAUCUCGUCCGGAGAGGGGGAGCGGUCGGAGGAGGGAAGAAAGGGAAGAGGAGGAAAGACCUCAACGAGCCCCAGAAGCCAGUGUCGGCCUACGCUCUGUUCUUCAGGGACACACAGGCAGCCAUUAAGGGACAGAACACAAACGCCACCUUCGGAGAGGUGUCCAAGAUAGUGGCCUCCAUGUGGGAAAGUCUGGGGGAGGAGCAGAAACAGGUGUACAAGAGGAAGACUGAGGAUCUCAAGGCUCUGGCAGCCUACAGAGAUAAUCAACUUCCUGAGCUGAACAUAGAGCUUCUGGACACUGCUCUGUCGCCUCCCUCUCCUCCCUCUCCUCCUUCCCCCGCCCCUCUCCCCACCCCCGUCGCCCCCCAUCCACGCUCCACUCGUUCCUCCGCCCCCCACCUGGCCCCCGAGGAGAACACCAUUACCAACAUCUGCACCUCCAACAUCAUCCUAACAGGUGGAGAUCUCCCUCAGGUCACCACCCGUUCCCGUACAGGGGCACACAAACCACCCGCCCCGGCCCCAAGCCCCCCCACCGUCACCAAAAUCAUCAUCAAGCAACAGAAGUCUCCCUCAGGGGUGACGGUGGUGUCCAGUAGUACGGUAUCGUCGUCCCGUCAGCCACCGCCACUCCAACAGAUGCAGAACACCCCUCCUCCCCCACGUCUCCAGCAGAUGGUACAUGCCCAGGCCCCUCCGCCACUGCAGGCCAAACCAAGAGGCGGGGGUGCCGGCGGUGCCACAGCACCACCACCCCUGCAGAUCAAGAUGGUCCAUCCCUCAGAUUUGGACUCUCCAAUUAUCGUGACUGCUGCGGGUGGGUUAGCCGCGUUGGGUGGGUUCAAUCCGAACUCGGGGGAGGUGGUACAGUCCUCUGCCAUAGUAAUGGCCUGUUCAACAGAGGCUGAGGACGGGGCUGAAGGAGAGGAAGGGAUGCAGGUAGAGUUGAAUGUGUCUUCAGGGCCAGUUGUGACCCAGACCUCCAGCCCUAACCUGUGUGUCAGAGCCGGCUGCACCAACCCAGCUGUCGAGAACAAGGACUGGGACAGGGAGUACUGCAGCAACGAGUGUGUGGCCACACACUGCAGGGAUGUCUUCAUGGCCUGGUGUGCGAUCCGAGGGCAGAACUCCACCUCCGUCACGUAAGGAAUGGACAGAAGAGAGGAGUGAGAGAAGAUUGUCAUGAUAUAGACAUGAUAGAGGGAGGACUAGGAAGGAGAGAAGAGGAGUGUGAACUGGACAAUGGACAUGGUGGAGGAAGGAGAGAAGAGGAGUGGGGACUGGACAAUGGACAUGGUGGAGGGAGGAGAUGGAAGGAGAGAAAGGAGAAUAGAUUUGGCUUUUAUUCACAGCAGACUUUGUCCUCUAAGAAGAAUCAAGUGGAAGACCAAUACUCCUGUGAUGUUAAAUUAUGAAGUUUAAAUAAUGAGAGUAUUUUAUAUUAAAUGUUUUUAAUCAUUUUAAAAUGUUGGUGAAAUGUAAUAUAACGCUGCAGGGUACUAUUGGGAUGUCUUGGACGUUAGUUGGAUAAAGGGCACACCAUCUAAAAUUGGCCUUGUGUCAAAUGCUCCGAUUCUGUGGCUAAGAUCAGGAGUUUCUUUUUCCUGAUCACGUGACACAAGGAAAAACUCGGGCACGAUGACCAUAUUCUUCUUGGUUAGGUCACGUGAUCAGGAGAAACUCCUGUCCCUAUCCAUCAGCCAAUGAGAAGAAGGCAUGUUUAUUUCACGUGUGUGUCCUCUCGCCUGACUUCUGUUGAAACAGAGAUCACAGUAUCAAUGUUGUCCAUGUUAUCAAUGUUGCCUGCGACUUAAAAUCAGUCUCACUCUCAGCCCUUUGUGGGAAAUUCCCUUCAGUCUAAUCGUUAAGACCGUUGGUUUCCCAAGCAGACCUGGUUUCAGAUCCCACCGUGACAUAUAAACCUCUGGGCUGCGUACAGGAGUGUGAAAAAUUCUGAACAUUGCUGAUAGACAGGGCAUGUAUAGAAAGAACUGACAUGAUUCCUUUCUCUAGUACAUGACAGAGAAGCAUGUCUGUUUACAUGUUGUAUUUCUAUCAGAACGGUUGUUCCACAUUGAACAUGAUUGCCAUUGAAUGGGAAGGUUUCACGUAUGCAUAUUAAGAACAUUCAGGAUUACAGUUUGUUUUUGAAAAACCAUCAUGUUGGUGAAAUAAAACUGUAGGAAAAAUA